AUGUAUAUAUAUUUGUACAUAUAUUUACUUAUUUACGUUUAUAUUACUUUACGACAUGUGUACACGCGCAAACUUUAUUUGGUAGAUUGCGUUUAUGUUCCUUCUCUUAAACAAAAAAAAAUGAACAGGCAAGGUAAAUACGACAUUUUUCCCCCACCCCUUGAAAAAAUAAAUAAUAAUAAUAAUAAUAAUAAUAAAACUGAAGUUCCAAAAACAUGUCCAGAAAGAAAAAAAAAAUAUAUAAAAACAGAAAAUACAGAAUAUCCUUUCUUAGUAAAUGAUGAACGAAGUAAUAUAAAGCAUCAGAGUGAAAAUAAAUGUUUUAACAAAAAUGAUAUGGUUAAUAUUAAUGAAAAAAUAAAUAAAGCUGACCCUAACAUACUAAACAAAUACAAUAACCUAAUUUUAAAUACUAACGAAAUAAAUUUGAUAAUAAAUGAUAAUGCAAAUUUCAAAGAAUUGCUAUCUAACAAACAAGUUUCAAACUUUAUGAACGAAUAUUUAGCUACCCCUCUUGAAGCAAUUGCCAAAUAUAAAAAUGAUAAAACUGUUAUAAAUUUUUUGGAAAUAUUAUUUAAAUAUAUGAAUGCAAAACAAAAGCAUAUACAUUUAAAUAAUAUUUCCGAAACAUUCACUUUUGGCAUGAAAUAA